AUGAUUGUAUCUCUGGGCCCUGCCCCUUCUACACCAAUUUCAGCAGAUUCCACAGGAGAGAAUGUGAACACAUUGCAACUGCCCCUGGAAAAGGCAGAAGAUAAGAACAAGCUAUUUGGCAAGUAUUAUUAUGUCGAAACCGACUUCAUCCCCGAUCCCCAAGCAUAUGACUGGUCCCCUGGAACAGAGGUCGGCUUGCUGCGCAAGGAGCUAAUAGAUACGCUUAAUCAGUCCUUCCUUCGGGUUGCAAAUCAGUGCACAGAAAAGCGGAAGAAACUACUUACACGAGGAAUGGAUCGAGACGUCGUCCUUGUUUACAACCGUUGCUUUCAUACCUGUCAAACAGUCCUAGAUCGUCUUCGCUGUCUCAAAACCAGCUGGCGGGCAAUACUAUUGGCAUUUCGCGAUGUGCAAAGUGGAAUUAUGGAGCUGCAGGGACUGUGCACGUAUUUUCAAUAUGUAGUCCCGCGAAUGGCUAGUUGCAGGGUCUCCAAUCCGGUCCUUGGUGUAAUUGGGGCAUUCGCUAUCAACGUAGAAGACCUUGAGAGACUGCACCGCCUUGGUAUACCGGUAUGGUACAUCUGCGAUGCGAGGGUCUACACAAGGCGGGUACUCAAUGUCCAGAAUUACGUCCCGUGGUCAGAGUAUCUCGGUAAGAAAUUAAUGACCCAUGGCAAGAAGGUAAUUUUGCAGGGACUGGAUUGUGGUCGCAGUACAGACUUGCGCGAUGGCCUGGCAGGCCAUUUCAUGACAGGAGAGUCGUUUGACCUGCUGUUCGACAAGAUCUACAAUAUCCGGACUGUCACCUCUGAGGUCGCCACUAUGGGUUCUCAAGUUCCAACACCUGGAGCUUUGUCUACUGUGGUAACCGGACCCUUACAGGCACAUUCUACCGAGCAGCACACACCAAAUUCUGUCUCGCGCGUAUUGUCUUCAAAGUCGGGUGUUGCUGCGAAAAAGCCAGACAAAUCGAAAAAUCGAAAAGAGCCGAGUGUCAACUAUGCGCUCUUUCUACACAUCCCGAGAUCACACGAUGGAGAAGCUGAUCUUCCUAAACACCACAAGGUGGUUCGCGAAUGCUUGAUGAGCAUUGGAAACCUUGAAAGGAACUUCUCAUCGCCAGCGCUAUACCCGUACCCUCCUCCAUACCUCUUGGUUCAUUCUUCCGAUUCUACACAAACAGCUAGAUCAUACCUGAACUACAUACGCAUACGGAAAGCCCUUAUAAAAAUGCAGGAAGAACCUGGGACACUCGAUGGGCGAAAUUGGCGCAGAGUUCAGCAAUGGAAAACUAUUGUACGUGGCGAAUACUACAAGUCCACCCCGUUACCACCUGGUAUUACGUCACCUUUUGUCGAAGGCAUCUACAACGUCCUGCCAUCGGAGGCCUCAUCUUCUGGAGGGAAAGUAGGAAAGGCAAAGAAAGACAUGUCGCAUCGCUUCGACCCAAUCAACCUUACUGAUUCGAAGCGACGCCGUAUUGCAGAAAAGGCAACUGCCAAAGCUGUGAUGGCUGCAGAGCAUGCUCAGGGACCUUUCAAGCCUGAAGAAGCACAGGAAUGGCGUGGCCGGUUGGUCACAGUGAAGGAUAUCGAAGACCACAAAGAGAUUCGGCAGGAGGUCCAAUAUGAGAUAACAGAAAAUAUGAUGCGAUUGGAGUUCAGGGCUCUUGAUUUCAAAAUACACCCCCGAGACGGUAUGAGCGUGGAGGAACAGCAAAAUCGCGAUAGGAUGAUCAGCUGCGUAUUCCGGAGGGACGGUCGGCCUGCUGACAGUCUAUAUGCUGGCUUUGUCGCCGAUCUGUCAGGGCGCGUCGAGGAAUAUUGGGAAGAGAUUGUUGCAGAGGAGAACGUCCAGGCUCUUACCUGUCUUCUUAGCUCGUGGCCCAACUUUCCGCACCAUGAGACGAUGCCGGACUUUAAGUCUCUCAUUGCUUUCUACAUCAGAACUUUCAUACUGUUCUUUAACCGUAUCCCGAAUAUGCAUUGCUCUGUUCCAAAAUCCCUACUCACCUACUAG